UGUGCACACAUGCUAAAGGUAAUGUAAACGCCCGUGUAUGAACAUAUGCCAAAGGUAAUGUACACGCCCGUGUGUGCACAUAUGCCAACGGUAAUGAUCAGGUCUGCCCCUCAAGCCAUUAUCCAGAACGGGUCGGAAGUAGAACGAACGAGCGUAUCUCUCUCUCCCACAUGUGGCGCAGACCUCCGCAUUCCUCUACGGUUGAGUUGGUACCAUCUGACUUGGAUGUAUAUGUCCAGUUUCUGGUCGGAUACGGACUGUUUGGCUAUUUUUGGACUGGGCCGAGGAAGCCCUAAAUUUUCGUGGGGGGUUAGUCCGAGUGCGGCUCUGUGGCACAGUUUCUCGGAUGGGUUCCACAUUCGCG